AGCACGUGAGUAAGGUUGGUAGUAUUGAAAUGUAUCGCGAGUUCAUGUGUUACAUUGUAUUUUGUUGUGAUUUUAAGUAAAGGGUAUUGUGAUAGUUUUUUAAAUUGUGUUACAGAGAUAAUACAAAUAAUUCUGCUUGUUUUUUAAAUUUCCAAGUAACAUGUAUUACUUGGACGUUUGUUUAGAACUUCAAGAUUCUUCUGAUAUAGAAUUAAGUCAUGUAAACUUAAAGAAAAACAUAUUAGAAGCAGUGAAGCAAUUUUUUGGAGAAGAAGGAGCCAAAUCUAAGAUUGACAUAUUAAAAUACAAUAUCCCAGAACGUAGGUUCAUUUUACGUUGUGAAAAUGGUUUUUACGUUAAAUUACGAGCAUCAUUAACAGUAGCAGGACACUUCGAAGGCAAGCCAUGUGUAUAUAACGUACACAGAGCAUCACCGAAUUUACUAUCAUUUGUUGGUGAUAGUAGAAAUUAUGAACAUUAAUGAGUAACAUUUGAACGAUCGUUUUAUACCUUUUACACCUUCAUCGAUAAAUCGUCAUAUCAGUGUUCGAAGGAAAACUUUAAACAAUAACUUUUUGUAUAAUAUCUAUAUACAAAAUCGAAUUAACGAUUAAUUGAAUAAUAUUUUGUUGCCAUUAAGAUAUUCAAAUUUAGCGCGUAGUCGAAAGUAGUUACAAUUUUCAUCAACAGAGGGCACACCUGGUGAGAGGAACGAGCAUCCUACGUUACAUAGGCUAUCCAGUGACGUCAUCUGCUGUCUCUUCUCCCCUCUCAGGAGUCGGCUCACCCUAUUAGUCGUCCAUACGUACAAAUUCCGUGGACAACAGCAGCACCACACUACCACCACCACAUAACGGUAGACUUUACUCGAUUGGAUAGAUAAAGACAGAAGGAAAGAGAGAGAAAGAUAUAGUAAAUGAUUGUAUAUGUGUGAGAGAGAGAGAGAGUGAGUGAGCAGUGAAGGCUCGGCACACCACCACUAUUUCCUCUGAUCGACGUCACCGUAGUCGCCAUCGCUAUCGUCCGUGCAUAGUGCCCAUGAGUUUGGCGUUUGCCCUGUGUGUCGUGUUAAUAGUAGGAUGUUGUUUAUGUUAACGACCUUUAACGCGCCCAAAGUAACGAAUAGGACAUUGAAUAAGUGUUCAGUGUAGAGUGACACUUGUUUAUCGAGAAAAACAGAAAUAGUUUAUUUCUUUUUUUUCUAAUUUCUUUAUAUAUAUAUCAAUUUUGAUAACGGUCGUGUGUGUAUACAUAUAUAUAUACAGAGAGAUAUACAAAGAGAAGUGAAAAAUAUAAAGAAGAAAAAGGGGGUCGCGUGCGCGCGUGCAAAGUGCAAAGAGACAAAUAUACAUUUAUAUAAAAUAAAUAAAAGAAAAAGAGAGAAA